ACAAUGUGCGGCAUCCAUGGCGCCGUAACAGCAAAUGGCCGCCCUCACAGACUGUCUCCAGGCCUAGAGAGGCGCCUUCGGAACCGCGGCCCGGACCAUCUUGGGACGGUAGAGGCGCAGCUCUGCCCAGACGAGGGCUCUCUCUGCGUGACCUUGACCUCGACGGUUCUGUCCCUGCGCGGCGACCAUCUGGCAAAGCAGCCGCUGGUGGACGCGGAAUCUGGGUCUGUGCUCUGCUGGAACGGCGAGGCGUGGAAGCUCGGCGGAAAGCUGGUCGAGGGCAAUGAUGGCGAGGCCGUCCUGUCUCUGCUGGCUGCGGCGGCGAGUCACGAUGCGGGCAGCGAGGAUAGUGUCCUUGAUGCUCUGCGAUCCAUCGACGGACCUUUUGCGUUCAUCUUCCUGGACAGGAAAGCAAAGCGGUUGUAUUAUGGACGGGAUCGCCUCGGGCGACGGUCAUUGCUGCUGAAGAAGGGAGACGAGUUCCUGCUCUCCAGCGUCGCAGAAGCGCCAGCCGAGGGAUGGGCCGAGGUCGAAGCUGAUGGCUGCUAUACCCUUCAGCUGGAUGCAACAGGCUCACCGAUGGAGCUGGUGGCGGUCCGCCAUGACUGGGACCUGAACAAAGACCUGGUAACGGACACAUCAGACGCCCACAUCGCAGUCUUAUUUUCAGGAGGGCUGGAUUGCACUGUCCUAGCCCGGAUGGCCAGCGACAUGAUGCCCCCGGAGCAGGCCAUUGAUUUGAUCAAUGUGGCGUUUGAGAAUCCGCGGAUUGCUGCUCAGAACACAAAGCUGUCCGCUGAUGAGCUGUACGAGCUGUGUCCUGACAGGAUGACUGGGAGAAAGUCAUUUGCCGAGCUGUUAACCGUCUGUCCAAGCCAACGGUGGCGAUUUGUUACUGUAAAUGUCCCCUAUCAGGAGACGUGCGCUCAUCGAGCAGAGGUGAUAGACCUCAUUUACCCUCACAACACUGAAAUGGACCUCUCCAUCGCUUGUGCUUUGUAUUUUGCCGCAAGGGGUCAGGGGAUGGGACAGUUGGCCCCGGGAGGGGAGACGGCUGAGCCGUAUAGCACAACAGCCCGCGUAUUGUUGUCGGGACUCGGCGCUGACGAGUUGUUUGGCGGUUAUGUCCGUCACGCCACCGCUUUCACGCGCAGCGGAUAUCCGGGACUCAUAGAUGAGCUGAAGCUGGAUGUUGGCCGGUUAGGCAAGAGAAACCUGGGACGUGACGACAGAGUCAUGGCUCACUGGAGCAGAGAGGUGAGAUUUCCAUAUCUUGACGAGAGUCUGGUCAAGUGGGCAAUUGAGCUGCCGGCGUGGGAGAAGUGCGACUUCGACAACCAGGGAAUUGGGUGUGAUUUGGAGCCUGAAAAGAGAGUGCUGCGUCUGUUGGCGGAGCGUCUGGGCAUGCGCUCUGUGGCGACGGAGAAGAAGCGAGCGAUUCAAUUUGGAGCGCGGACUGCCAAGAUGGAAAGCGGCAAGGUCAAGGGCACCACCCUUCUCGGUCCCUGAGGCAUGUUAGAUUGCGCUUAACACCAACACGAAGGAGAGUGCUCAUGAUGCAGGAGGGGACGGUCUCGGUGGUGAUGAUGAAAACAGAUACUUCCGAGCUAUCACGGCCACAAGCGGCGUCAUGUGGAACGACUGCGCGUUUGCUGCUUGCAGCUAACCCCUUUGUUCCCUCUUUUUUUACAAGAGCCGGUAGCAGUGACGUCGUUAAAGGCAAGUCUGAGCCGAGAUGCGUUGACCC